UACAAUGUAUUUUUUAAAAAUAUAUUUUUAGGGUCCAUAUGAUGUUGGAAGUAUGUUAAUAAGCAUGGAAGGUGUACUUGGAAUUCUAAUUUCAAUGUCUAAAAGUGAAAAGAGGCUCCACCAGAUGGUAGCUGUUGAGGCUUUAGUUUGUUCAGCAUCAAAAAAAGAUAAAUGUGUUGGAAUUUUGAAAGAUGCUAUUCCUGUUUUAGAUACUUUGUAUGAAUCUUUAGAUCCUGAAAUCCGAGUGCGUGCUCUUGUGGGCUUGUGUAAAAUGGCUUCCUUCAAGGGAACAGACUACAGUAUCAAAACUCUUGAAGAUGGUGAGAAUAUUCUUUUAGCUGAAGAUUGUCUGAAAUUCCUAACCAAUCCUGAUGACAAAGAAUUGUGGAAAUGGGCAACAGAAGGCUUGGCUUACUUAUCUUUGGAUGCUGAUAUCAAGGAACUCAUCAUGCAAAAUGUUCCUGCUCUUCAUUCCUUGAUUGAGGUUGCAAAGCAUGCUAAUGAUAAGAUCACAAGUUAUGCUGCAAUCACUGUGUUUGUGAAUCUGACCAAUUCUUAUGAUAAACAAGAUGUACCAGAAGAGAUUAAAGAAUUAGCAAAAUUUGCCAAGCAUCAUGUACCUGAAGACCAUCCAAAGGACAGCUUAGAAUAUUCAAAAGCACGAACCAGAAAACUUGCUGAAGAAGGUAUGGUGUCAGCUUUAGUUGAAUUGUCAAAAACUGAAAGUGAAAAUAGCCGGGAGCAAAUCUGUAGGGUAUUUAUUGCUUUGGUUUAUGAAGCAGAUUUGCGUGGCCUAGUGGUUCAAGGAGGUGGUGCUAAGGCUUUGAUAUCUUUGUUCUUGGACAACACAGAAGCUGGUAAAGAAUGUGCAGCUCAUAGCCUUGCUAAAAUUGGUGUAACUAUGGAUCCUAAUAUUGCAUUUCCUGGACAGAGAAUGUAUGAAGUGGUGCGACCUAUAAUUCAUCUUCUUGACAUCAACCGAACAGGACUGCAAAACUUUGAAGCUCUCAUGGCUUUGACAAACCUUGCGUCAGUUGGUGAACCUGUUCGAAAGCGGAUUUUGGCAGAAAAUGGCUUUCCUCAGAUCGAGCACUAUCUGUAUGAAGAGCAUGAUAUGAUCCAGCGAGCUGCAACAGAGUGCAUAUGCAAUAUGGUCAUGAGUGAAGAUGUGGCAAAACUGUUUGAAGGAGAAAAUGAUAGAGUGAAAUUAUUGUUACUUUUCACUUCCAAUGAAGAUCAACCAACAGCACUUGCAGCAGCUGGAGCCCUUGCAAUUUUGUCCAGCAAUGUUACAAUAUGCCAGAAAAUAGUUCAGGUGAAAAACUGGAUCGAUCAUUUGUUGGCAUUGGCAGUGAAUGAAGAUAUUCAACUACAGCACCGUGGUAUUUAUAUUAUUACCAAUAUGAUUAGAGCAGAGAAAGAUAUAGCAGCAAAUAUAAUUGAAAGUAAAAUUUUAGAAGUUCUAAUGGCUGUAUCCAAGUUUGAAGACUCUGAAAAAGCCAUGAUUCGUGAAUGUGCUGAGGCUGCUUUACUGAAAGCUGCAGAAUAUGAACUAAUAAAACCAGCACAAGAAAAUGGUGAAGGGAGUUAGUUGUUCAGUGUUACCUGAAUAUUAUUUAUUCUCAACAAAUUACCAGAGUGUCCUCAGUUAUUAGCAAAGGCAGAGGUAUUGUUUUCAGUUGUGUUUGUUUGUUUGUCUGUGGACAAGAUAUCUCAAGAACUUCUUGAUGGAUUCGGAUGAAACUUUCAGGGAUGUUUGGUCUUGUGACUGGCAUGAAAUGAUUAGAUUUUGGGAUCGAUCUGGUACCAGACAAGGAUUCUGGAUUAUUUUUCCUUUUUUUUUUACUUAAGAGUGGUUGGGUUCAUUUUUAAUAUUCUCGUUUGUGAGGGCAGUUGAGUUCAUUUCAGAUAUUCACAUUUUAAAAAUCAUCUUGGCGGAGGUUUGCACUCUCUGAGUGCUCUUAAAUUUUUUUGUUUGUUUUGAUAUUAGAAAUAAUGCAGUUCAGGUGUUCUUAAUGUAUAUGUUUCAAACCAAUAGAGUAAACAGACAAGUUUAGACAGUUAUUGAAUAAUUAUGAUUCCAAUGGAGUCAACUAAGAGUGAACAGAAUGGUGUAGUUACAGUAUAGUUACUAUGGAAUGUGUUUCCUCUGUUCUGUUCUGAUUUCCUUUCAUUCUGUUUAUGGGUAUGAUAUUAAAUAAAAGUAAAUAUCUUACAAGAUGUGUCUGUGAUGUCAUUUUAAUUUCUGGUAGAUCCAAUUUGUUUCAACUCAUAUUGGUCAAGCCCAUUAAAAAUGUAUAAAUGUCACUACAUAGUUUCAACUCCUUUAAAUUUUUUAUUUCUAUUUUAGUGACUAUUGGGGAGAUUAAUAAAUUAUUUGUUUUA